AUGCUACGAAUACAAUUCUUUGUGCUCUUAUUAUUGGUGGUGACCGCCACAUCAACGUCAGAUUCAGAAGUGACGGAGAGCAAGAGCUGUAAGAACGGUUGUUGUUCUGGUAAGGUCGCACCAAUUCCUUGUGACAGAAACGAUUCAGUAUCAACUACUCAUGUCUCUGCAGUAACAGUAUCAGGUUCUGCUGGCGUUCCUGGUAAAGAAGGAGAGAGAGGAGCUAAAGGCGAAAAAGGAAUGGCUGGAAAAAUUGGUCCCAAAGGCAUUCAAGGCGAGCGCGGGGCUAGAGGUUUAACUGGGCCAAGUGGACCGGCAGGCAUUCUUCGUAUAAACGAGUGUUCUACUAUAAGAGAAGGAAUGAUGAGAUUCAACAAGAAAACGAAGGAGGUAGAGUAUUGUGACGAUAACAAAUGGUUUCCACUACCACAACCUUCCAGCUUCUUUUAUCAGCAUGCAUCAUCGUGCAAGCAAAUAGCACUAAAUUACAAAUCAAUGAACAAUGGGCAAUAUUGGAUUAGACCAUCUGUUAGCGAUUUACCAUUUCAGGUGUUCUGUGAUACGAUUGAAGGUUGGACAAUGAUUAUGAAAAUAGAUGGGAAUCAACAAAACUUUAAGUAUGAUAGCGAGUUGUGGUCAAACAAGAAGACAUUUCAAUCUAAUAGUUUGGAUUUGGAUGACAAAGAAACCAAACUGGCAUCAUGGUACGAUCAGAUGGAUUAG